CAUUAUGUUUAAAAAAAUCCUUUGGGACCACGGUGGGAUGAGUUUUGUUCACGUGUUCAGCGUCUGAUUACCAGAUUGGAGUUGGGAAGGCGCUUCUGUUCCACCUUGGAUGUGGCUACUCUGGAAGUGGUUGGGGAGGUGGUAAGCUUGGCUCACUUGCUUUGUUAUUUGGAGGUAUAGCCACGCAGUAACCUUGUUGAAGUGGGUAGAAGCACCGAGAGGUGCUGGCUUGCUCAAAGAAAUGCAGUCUGAGGCCUUCAGAUCCAAAACCCUGUCCCACUGCACCGUUCUGCCUUCUGUGGAUAUUCUGGGAAGCAACAGGGCCCCCGCUGUUUGGAAACCUCUCACUCUGCUGUGGCUACUGUGCAUGUUUCCAGUCCUGAUGUUCUCGCAAGGUUUGUGGAAGUGGGAGAGAAAGUGUGUCAGUAAUCGCUGCUUGCUUUGAGAUUAUCUGUGUCAUGACAGGAGGGGUGGGGGGGAGGUCAGCAGAAGGAUUAAUAGAAGCUUCCCAACCUCACCCUUGUAUUUUCUUCCCUGACCUGCAUCUUGGCACGGAGAAGCAAAUAUUUUCUCCAUGUCAGGAAAGCACCUGGGCUGCUUCAAGGCACUUGGGCAACCCAUUCAACUUGGCCAAGCUGCCCGAGGAAGGCGAGGGAGCAUCUUCCUCGGACUUCAUGUUCUUUGAAGGGAAAGGGGUGAAGCUCCCCGAGAAGGUUGGGGGCCCAGCUCUGCGAUGUGUCCAGUGGCACUGAGAACUGUCUUCUUCGUCCUCGCUGUGCGGGGGUUCCUCUCAGGUGAGGAAUCGGAAGUAGAUUUGGACACCUACUGGUCUGGAACAGCCCCAAUCUGCUUAGGAGGGUGCAGAGGAAAGCACAAAGAAUUGAAGAGGAGCCAGUGUGGAAAUGGAAGCUGCUGUUGGUUGGGAUACAAAUCAUUUUGUAGAGUCAACUGUGGGCGACCAGAAGCAGAGUUCAAUUCCAUGGUCUACGGCAAUGACUGGUGGGUGGGCUCAGUGGUCCGCUACAGGUGCCGCCCUGGCUUCCUGCUGGUGGGGGACCCGGCUAGUGCUUGCCUGUCCAGUGGGCGCUGGACCCCCAAACCCACCUGCCUCCGGAUCUGCCUUCGGGGCCGGAUUGAAAUCAACGAACGGGACAUCGAUGGAAGCUGCUCCUCCACCUGUCCCCACAAGGCACACCUGGGACCCUCUGUCAACCAUGGCUGCAUCAAGAUCUCCUCCUGCACCACCAAGCAAUCUGGCUGGACCCGCUGGUUCUUCCGUUGUGACUUUUGUGAGUGCGAGUGCUACAUCCCCUGCGAAAGUGACACCCCUGACUUCUGGAAGCCCUCCUCUGCUCCCGUGUCCCUGCCUCUGGAUUUCAAAAAGAUCUGCACCCAGGCAUUGAAGCCUACUGCUGAAAGCUAACACCAGAAGGACGGCCCACCCGUGUUGCCUCCUCUACCUGCUGUUUUCAGCCAGUCUUAAGCACGUGCCUGACUUCCUCUGGAUUCUCACCUGCCUCUUCUUUCUAACCCAUCUCGGGAACAGAUCUCAGAUGCUGGCAACUAGCUAGUUUCAAACGGUGCAUGAAUAAAACCUGCGUU